AUGAAGGCUGUAUCAGCCCUGAAAGCUGGCUGUUUUCUGGAGUGUGCCAUCCGUCUCUGCUGCUGGAUGCUCACAGAUGUCCCAACAAAGGCUGUGAGAGAGACAGAAGAAGAGAUGGAUGUGGAUUUUCAGAUGGAUAGAGAGGAAGUAAUGGAAGUGGAUGGAGAAGAGAGCAAAGCAGAAGAGAUGGAAGUGGAUGUGGAGGAGGACAAAGUGGAAGCCAUGGAAGUAGACCUAGAUACAGAGGAGAAGAUGGAGGUGGAUGGAGAUGAGACCAGUGAGGAAGAAAUGGAGGUGGAUUUGGAGGAGGAGACGGUAGAAGAAAUGGAAGUGGAUGUGGAAAAGGAGAAGGAGGAAGAAAUGGAGGUAGAUGUGGAAGAGGAGAUCGAAUACAUGGAUAUUGAUGUCAAAGAUGAGGAGGAGCCCAUGCCGCCAGGGAGCGGCCCGGGCAGCCGAGCCCAGCUCCUCUUCUCUCCCGGCUGCCGCAGGGAGCGGCCCGGGCAGCCGAGCCCAGCUCCUCUUCUCUCCCGGCUGCCGCAGGGAGCGGCCCGGGCAGCCGAGCCCAGCUCCUCUUCUCUCCCGGCUGCCGCAGGGAGCGGCCCGGGCAGCCGAGCCCAGCUCCUCUUCUCUCCCGGCUGCCGCGGGGAGCGGCCCGGGCAGCCGAGCCCAGCUCCUCUUCUCUCCCGGCUGCCGCAGGGAGCGGCCCGGGCAGCCGAGCCCAGCUCCUCUUCUCUCCCGGCUGCCGCAGGGAGCGGCCCGGGCAGCCGAGCCCAGCUCCUCUUCUCUCCCGGCUGCCGGCGGGGGACACGGGGGGCUCUGGCUCCGCAGGGCUGGCCGCAGGCUGGAUCAGAUCGAGGGGUGGGUAAGAAAGCAUCCACCCGCCUCCUCUACCAGCAGGGCUUUGAGAUCUUUGCAGCUGCCGCCCGGCAAGAACCACACGAGCACCGCAGGCCUGGGCAAGCUUCAACUCUUUCCUGCCAGCAAAUGGGACUCCCAGAGCACCAGCCCUUCCUGAGCCUGAGGAAGGAGCUGCAGUUGUUGUCCCUCCAGAGUGGGGUACAAGGGCCACAGCUGUCCCAGUUUCAGAGACAGGUGCCUUGCAGACAGGAUGACAGGACAGCAUGAUGACACAGAUGAUUCUACCUAACUUGACAAGCCCAGCCUCUCCCAGCCAGUGAUGCAUCCCACACAGCGCUGAAGAUGGAACAUUCCUGUGGAGGAGCUGUCAAACGGGAUUCCCAACAAUACAGGUUUUCAACUUGGUAACCUCCAGGCUUAUUACUUGAGAGUUACAAACUUGCAUCUUAACUCUAAAAUCAAGAAACCUUUAAGCCUUAGAGCAGUGGGAAAACUAAUCAACAGGGAAAACAAUCUGUUUUAAUUUGGGUUCCUUAACUCACAUCCACAGACAAAUCCUCAACUCCUCAGAUAUGAAUCUAUCAAAUCUUUGUGUCCUUAAAGAGAUAAAAUCUUUAAAUAAACUUGUCAGCC